AGAAUUUGCGCCCGAUUCUUACAGAGCGUCCUGGCACAUCAUAUCGAUCCGUGUGUUGUUCACUAUAUAUGUGUACACGUACGCACAGACGGUUUAUUACUCGUUGUAUUUGUUUCAGGUGCUGUCAGCGCCAAAGAUGCUAGAUCUUCGAAUCAAUUAUUGCGCAGAAAAGAGAUUUUAGAAACCUCAACAGAGUAAUCUGGACAAAAUGUCGAUGACUGGGAGCUUAAUGGGAUAUGAGAACAACAACGAUGUGAACCAGGCCAAGUGUAAGAAGCCGUUGAAGCCGUUGCCAGUUGUGUCGAGCAUAAGCUCGAGUGGUAUCACGACGAACACGAGCAAAUUGAAGAAAGCACGAAAAUCAACGAGGAAGGAAUCAUGUAUACGUGGUCAUGUGAACAGCCUCUGGUCCGUCUGGUACGGCAUCCUGGCUGUCGCUUUUCAAGCGUAUAUAGCAAUGAGAUAUGCUCGACGAUUCGCCGCUUACUUGUCACUACCAUGGCCGGCAGAUGCGCCGCCACCUAAUAUCGAAUUGUACGCUUGUGUGGUGUUGGCUGGCGUGGGAGCCGUUCUACUUCCGGUAUUGGUUGGCGCCGCAGCUUUCAAGCUCGGCAAUCUCGCGAAUGACGGAAUAAAAUUGGGUCGACAUCUAAGCGCCUGUUCACGCGAUCCACCGUCUUCGCUUCUCACCAAUAAUCCCGAUAACAGUCUGGCAAAUAAUUUAUGGAGACACGGCGGUCCUACGGCGGCCUUCGUGCAUCUUUGCACGGCCAUGUGCUUUCUCCUACCCUCUCUGCUCAUGGAAGCGAGGCUAAUACACGCUGGAUUUUUGCCAAAAGACGCAAUAUGGAGGACCGAUCUGGACUGGAUGGUGAUACAUCGCGAUCGUCUUGUGUUGCUGAGUUUCAUGAACCCGAUCGGCAACUUGAGUACCUUGACCGGUCCGAUAACUCCUCAGCCUUUUAUAACUAUGAAUCCAGAAGAAGGCGUUAACGAGAACUUUGAUGAGUUCACUACUCCGUCACCUAGUAUAACGCACAUGACGCUUCCCGAUGUUGUCGAGACUCGUAAUGAACCGAUAACCGUGUUCUCGACCGUUCUCUAUCCAGUCGCCACUAAUUCAUCUUUGUUCCGAACCAUAUCGAGCACAAUUUCCGCCAAGACUGCUGCGACAAGUACCGAGGCGACUUCAACGACUUUGAAAAUGACGGCAUUACCGAAGAACAGUACUGCGAGACGUCCAACCACGAGACCUAUUAUCCGGCUUGGCAGUUCGAAAGGCAGAUCAAAGGCGAAAAAUUACACAAGAAUAUUCACAACAGUUAAACCUUCCAGAACCAACGGAGGAAACAUGACGGUUCAGAGCAUGUCGUUGACGAUGAAUAGCCUGGCAGAUCUGGAUCACCCUGAGAACUUGAAUCUGGAACUUCAAGCGACCGAAUCAUACGGCCCGAUUACUCUGGAAUAUCUGAAUUACGCCGUUGCGCUGGUAGUCUACUCAGUAAGAUAUCCCGCGGUCUUCUGGUCAUGCAACAAAGCGCUGGGUACAAUUUUCAGUCUGCAGCUGGUCGUAAAUUCAGCGCAAAGUCUAUUGGCUUACGCCGGAAUGUCCGUCCUUUACAAGGUUCAAGUGGUAGGUGCCUUAAAAGGCCUGCCGUUUCUUCGGCAUCGCACCGUAGCAACGACCAGUACAAUCUCGACAAUAUUCGGAGACUCUUACUUUCUGCUGAAUCCCCCUGUAACUCUCGUGCUCUUCGCCCUCUCGUCCUUCCUCGUGCUCUGCUCCAGCAUGGUCAUGUAUUUCUACGCUCACGGCAGGUUCACGGCAUUCCUGAAUCAGGAACGCGAACGUCGCGUGAUUCUGUUGAGGGAAGGUCGCGAAGGCAACGGUUGGGUCUAUCUGCCGCACUGCGCUGCUCUGGUCGUGUUUCUGGCGAUCGCGAUCUGCGGCGUCCCGUUGCUCUACGAUUACACCGUAGUGUACCGCGGCAGCUUGGACGGCGUCAUCCUCGCCUGCAUCAUUGGCACGGUGCUCCACCUUCUCCUCUGGCUGCUACUCUGGAUAUUUCUCACCAUCAAGCAACGCUGGACGUUCAAGCUUCGCGUGACCAUCGGCCGCGCCACCGUGAGAUCCGCCAGGUCAGUCAAACUUGUGACCGAUGUCGAUUUGCUGUCGGCCAGGGACGACGAUGACGGCACCAGCGCACCUUUGCUCGUCGUCGGUCACGGCAGAACUUAUACCAUCGCCGAUACAUCACCAAAGAGGGCUAUCAUGAGUGUCAUACAAAAAGCUGCUAUGGAAAGGAAGGCUCGAUCGCAAGGCGGAAACGUCGAUGGAGUCGACGGCGAAUCGACGGUUGACGGUGAUGAACAGAUCUACUGGCUUAGACCGAAAUUACGUCCCUCGCCCACGCAAUCCCCGAGCGAUAACGCCGCUGCACCGACGUCCGACAAGGGGUGGCUGAACAAGAAACUCAAGCAUAAGGUCACCUUUAACGACCUGCCUAGGCGAUGUUUUAUUUGUAGUAAUAAGGGAAAAACCAGACGAGGCGUCGCUGACGGCGGGCCUGACGAUGACGGAGAUUACGCCACAUUACGCGAAUUACCACUAAUUACUUCAUUAGAUCCAGCCGAUGACUCUACCUCUGAAGAAAAUAAGUUGCUCGAGUGCGUGAACGACGAUCAAGUGACUUACUACGCGAGUGCGAAUCGCGAUCUACAACCGUCAGAGGGUGAUCCCUCACCGCUCUUGACGCCCGAUCCUUUACCCAAUCCCACGGAAGAACCACUUCCGCUGCCACCUCCAACUCCAACCUCCGUACCCGCCACUGAUAUAGUCACGGCGCCAUUAACUACAAAUGUCCAGAUGAACGGUGGACAAACGCCGCGAUGUCUACGUCGCGCAGAUUCGGGGAUGCCGCAUGACGAGCUGACGCCUCGUUCGGACUCGUCGAACUCACCGCCUCUGGAUGUAGUGGGAGGCAACGGCGGCGCUGGAUCGGUGAUCGGGCACAGCAACACCAGCAGCAACAGCGAGACAUCAAGCGGCGUGCAUAGUAACGCCAGUAACGCCAGUAACGCCAGUCAUAGCAGCUGCCAACGUCGGGCGACUAGCGUGGACGAUCUGACUGGUGAACCGCGCGAGGAACCGCGCGAGCAAUGGCGCAGUUGCUCCCUACAGCGGGGCACGCUACCGCCCACGGCAAACACGACCUUCUCGCCACCGAACAGUCGCCCGAGCACCAGCCAGUCGUUUUCCUCGCCGCAGUAUGUAAAUCACGUGCCGCCGUAUAGCAACGCCGGAAGUGAGAUCGGCGCCGGUUGUCCUGCAGUCAUUCUGGAGAAUCCGAACGAAGCGACAGUAGUGAUUCGUCGCAAACUCUCGAGAACAAAACUCACGGAUCCGCUGAAUCCGAACGAAGAGCCGUUUGGCCGUUCCACCAACAUGAGGAUGACCUCCUUUACAGAGAGCAACGAUAUUCGCAUACAGGCGUCUUCGGCUACCUUGCCACAUUAUCCCACGCAGCCUAUUGUCACUUAUCCACACUGCUCGACGAUGCCGCUGCCGCACGCGUCGCAUAGCGUAGCCGCGGCGAACAUGAGUGGCGGUUCUGCGGGCAGUUGCGGAUCCGUACCACGACAUACGUUUGUGCCACCGCAAGUUCACUCAACUAUGCCGGCGCACACAACGCUACCGUCGCAUCACAACGGCGUGAGACUGCUCCACAGCGCCGGUGGUCCCAGCAAUCCUUUCGUCAAGAGGUUUCCUCCGGUGCAGUUACAUACUCAGCCGUGGGCCUUGCCGGGCCAUCACACUUUCCCGCAGGCACCGCCGAGCAACAACAAACUCACCGCCACUGCGCAGAUCAGGCAGAGCGAUCGAGACUCAGCCAACUUCUCUAUGGCCAGCAGUGGGGACUCCGAUACGUGUUUGCCUCACUAAAAUGUAAAAGCUGCUGUAAGACAUCAGAUGGUACGUGUGCGAAAGUACGUUCACGAAUCGUGUGUGUCUGUGUGUUAGGUGAUAUGACGUAAUAAUGUUUAGUCGUUUUAACGACGUUGUGUGGAGAGGAUUGCAGUUUCCAAGCACGCGAUCGUGAUUUUCCUCCAUUUCUUCAGAGCGGAAGGAAGUAAAAAGAAGAAGCUUUUUUGUGCAAACUCGAGACGAGCUGUGGAUAGUUGGCUUUUAAAUCGACAAAUUUUUAGAAUCAAGAAGUGCAGCACAUAUCAAUGUGUCGCAUAUUCAGAUAUGAGAAUCGUCAUAGAAAGCUUUCACAUAUUUUAUAUCCCUUGCUCAUAUUGCCAACAUAUUUAAAGGAAAAAAUGAGAAAAAUGGAAUGAAAUAACAUAUCACAUUGUUCUGGCGUUUGUUGGCGUAUAAACAUAGCAUUCCCCAUAGUAAUACGUGCUAUUUCUAUUUUUUUACAAUGAUUCUGAUCUGAUCCAAUUGUGUCGAUCGGAUUAGCUCAUCUGAUUAUUUGUAUAAACGUGUGCAUGAUCUCAACAUAGUUUAUCAAGUAAAAAAUCGCGUUAAUAUACGCAAACCUUCCAUUUACUUGAAUAAGUGUGAUUAGGAAAGCGUCGAUGCGAACACAUGACGAGCAAGGAAGGUAUAUACAUUUAUAUAUAUCCCACAAAUUAUAUAUAUAUAACUUAUGGAAAUAAUUACUUCAAAUUAAAACACAAUUCCGCGUUAUAUACAUAUCCUGUAUGUCGUGAUCCUAUUUAAUCUCGAAUUUCUACUCGUGGAGCAAUAAAACAAAGAAUUUCUCAAACGGUUAGUGAUAUAAAGAGUGUAAAACGCUACUAAAAAUAAAUAAUCGAAAAAUCUUCAUCUUGACUAUGGUGAAUAUUGCUAAAUCUUGUGGUAACAACUCACACACCUAAUAAUAAGUAAGUAAAUUGCACAUACGAUAAAAUACAGUUUAAAGAGAAGCAAAUCAAAUUAUGCUUUAAGUAUGAAUUAUUCAUCUCCACUCGAGUUUGCGCAAAUGUUUUUUUUCGAUAUGUGUCCGAUAUAUGCGUGCUUAUUAGCUAAGAAAAAAUUCAUUUCCAUUCUAUCUCACGAGACGAAGAUGUGCGAAAUACGGUGAAAAUCAGCUCUUUGUCGCGUGAAACGCCGAAAGUAAUUGUCGGCUGACGAGAGUGAGAAUAAUAUAGUUAUGUGUAUAUCCCAGUUUAGGUAUGGAAAGUUAUCAUGUUGUCCUAACCAAAAUUCGUGUAUAGCGUGGAACGUUAAGAAUAGUCGGAUAUAUAGUUAAGAGAAAAUGUGAAAAAGGAGUCUCGAACCGUUUUGUUUUGUAAACAUACGCUUUCAUAUUAAUACAUAUAAUAAGAUCUUUUUUCUACCAAUUAUUGUAAAUUAUGUGUUUGAUAUAUGCGCGUUUGUACAUUACUUAUUAUUAUUAUUUGUUUAUACUGCAACUCAAACGAAUCAAUUGCGAUAAAAAAUGAAGAAGAGCAUUAUAUACAAAUGCAAAUAAACGCGAUACGGUUUUUUUAUCAUUCGGUUUUGAUCUUUGUUUUUUUUUGUUUUCUUUUUAAUAGACCUAUUUCAUAUAGAGAUAAAAUGUUCAUGUGUUCGGAAAAUCUUUUAUUAAUUGUAUUACGUUUACUAUUUAGAUAUUACACAUAUGUGUGUGAGAUAAUACGAGCGAUUUUAUUGUAUGCAUUAUUGUAAAGUGCAGCGUAAAUUGCAGUCAUACGAUUCUCGGCCUUGAUGAGAUUUGCGGUAUAUUGGAAAACUUACCGUUACAUUGAAUCUUCGUACGGCCUGACAGAGAACGAUCUACCAUAAACUUCUGCCUUAUGGUAAUCGUGCAUCGUAAGACAUGCAAUAUUAUAUAGUGCCAUUGAGAAAAUUUUAGAAAGAAGCAUACAAUCAGCAUAGAUCAUAGGAACGGAAAAGUUCCGUCUAACCAGACAUUACUCAUAGCAUUUAACCUGUGAGUAAGUACUGGAAAGCAAUUUAUUGCGAGGAUAAUAUAUGCCGUUUAUUUAUAUUUGUAAGUGCCCAGCAUUUCUAUAAUAAGAUGUUUUGUUUCUGUUUUUUUUUUCUUAGAAGAAAUGUCACACAGAACACGUGCGUUUUUUGCACGUGUUUAUUUUAUUCUUUUUUUCUUUUUCUCCUUAAUUUCUAUGCAUCUCUUCAUAUUGAUUGAAAUAAUAAUAAACGAUACAACGAGUAUUUAUUUAACUUGCAAAUACAUAUAUAUAUAUAUAUACAGAGAAAAGUCGUUAGCGUAACAAGAGAAAGACAGAUCCAUCACACGUGGGACUCCUAAGAAAUGAUUACUGCCACUCAAUCGUGAAGAUCUACAGAUCUCUAUUAUUAACUUAAUUUUGUCAACUGCCAUUGUUAUUUCGUCCUUUCAUAAAUAUGAAUAAUCAACGUGUAAUCGUUUACUCGUACCUAACAUUUACUUGCGCGUAUGCUAUCGGUACGUACGUAAAAAUAGCAUGCGUUUGCUAAGUCGCGUUCUUUCGCGACUAUAUAUAUAUAUUUCACUUUAUGAGACGCGUGAUGAUGUAGACUGGUCUCGCGAAUAUGCAUCACAAAGUCUUUCUCGCAAUCUAACUAAAAUAACAGAUAUUGCUGUACAUAAUUAACAUGACGCAACGUUUUUGUUUCAUCUUUUCUGCUUUUCCGAUUGUUCUUCCGGAACAAUUGUAUCCGAACUCAGUACUGCAAAUUGACAGAUUUUGUCCGCCAAGUAUGUUACAAAAUUAUCACAUCAAUAAUAAUGUCAAUGAUUCGCACAAUUAAUUGUGAAACGAUAUGAUCAAGUUUAUUUUUUAUCAAAAAUAGACUCGAUCGCAUUUAAUGAGUUGGCGAUUAAUUGAACUGUUUAUUAGAUUGCGACGGGCUAAGCAGAGGGACACGUGAAACUCUAAACGUAAGUUGAAUUCAGACAAAAUUAUGCAUUAAAUUUAAUUAAAAUCAAAAUAAUCUAAUAUUCGAUGUGAUUUGCGUAAACAAAAAAGCGUUUUUUGACGCAAGAAUCUACUGCUUUGUAUGUUUGUUCAACUGACUCACGCCAAUUUGCAGCAACUUUUCUAAAGUCGAUGUUAUUAUUAUUUUCAAAUACGUUAUAUAGUACGGUUUUAUCAACUUUAUAUUAAAAUUGUACGUAAAUAUCUUUCAAAGCAAUUGUGAAAAAAACUUAACAUUUAUUUGAUGAAAUCUUUUGUAAUUAUCAUAAUGUCAAAACCCACAAACACACGAUAGCAAAUAGUAUUAUUACGAAUGUAUGACAUGUGACUGUUUGCAAUUAAAAAACAUAUAUUUCUCAACAAAAAAAAAACUGAU